CGACGGAGGAGGGGCCUCAGUGGCCUCUCUGCGCUUGCGCGAGCUCUAGCUCGGGGGGGCCUCGGUCCCGAGCCGGGUCCGCUCUGGGACCGGCCCAGGUGUGGAGGCGGAGCUUGCCUUGUCCCGACUCCUCCCGGAUCCCGCUGACAUUCGAGCCCCGCUCUAACGGGAUCCCUCGUGCUUAUCCCAGACCUCUCCUCCUUUUUCCCUCUAUUGAUCCCGGACCCCUCCUCCUUUUCCCCUCCAUUGAUCCCGGAUCUCCGCCUCCCUUUGCUGAUCCCGAUCCCUUCAGCCAAACCUCCAUACGGAUCCCGGGUCUCCCUCCCCUCUGCUUAUCCCGGAUCUCUCCUCCUCCCUUUCUCCCCUCCCCCCAUCCCAGAUCCCUCCUCCUUUUUCUCCGCUGGUCCCCCCCCCCCCAAGAUCCUCCCUCCGCUCUGGCCUGGACCAUGCGUCCUCCGGGUACCCGGGGCCAGAGCCUUUGGCUCCUGCUUCUGCUGUCCGCAGCCUCCCUUUCUUCCUCCUCGCAAAGCCACAAGCCGUGUACAGUCUGCAAGAACAUCGUGGAUCAGUUCAACAAGGGCUUGGCAAAUACAGAAAAGAAGAAUUUUGGUGGUGGAAAUACGGCCUGGGAAGAGAAGACACUAUCAAAAUAUGAGUCUAGUGAAAUCCGCCUCCUGGAAAUCGUCGAGAACCUGUGUGAGAGCGAUGCUUUUGAUUGUAACAAUAUGUUGGAAAACAACGAAGAGCACCUGGAGAAUUGGUGGUUCAAACAGAAGAAGAAACAUCCCGACUUGUUUAGAUGGUUUUGUGUGGAAACUCUGGAAGUGUGCUGCCCUUCAGGAACCUAUGGGCCCGACUGCCUCGAGUGUCCCGGGGGGUCCAAGCAGCCGUGCCGGGGAAAUGGCUAUUGCAAUGGUGAUGGGAGUCGUGGUGGGGAUGGCCGGUGCAUGUGUCACAUGGGCUACGAGGGACCACUUUGCAUGGAUUGCGUGGAGGGCUACUUCAGCACCUUGAGGAACGACACCCAUUCCGUCUGUACAGUGUGUAGCCAAGCCUGUAAGACGUGCACUGGCCCAACCCACAGAGACUGUGGGGAAUGUGAAGUCGGGUGGGUCCAAGAGGAAGAUGCCUGUGUAGAUGUGGACGAGUGUGCAGCUGAGACCCCUGCUUGUGAUGAGGGCUUCUACUGUCUCAACAACAACGGCUCAUUCUCCUGCAAAGAGUGUGACUCCAGUUGUUCCGGGUGUGUGGGAGAGGGCCCAGGACACUGUAUCAACUGCACAGCUGGUUACGCACAAGAAGAUGGCGCAUGUCGAGAUGUAGACGAGUGCUCCCUGCCAGAGAAGGUGUGUUUACAAGAACACCAAAAGUGCUUCAAUACCCCGGGCAGCUACGUCUGCGCCUGUGCCCAAGGCUUCCAGGAAAAAGAUGGUGCUUGUGUGCUGGCCCAGGAGUCCCAGGAAGAUGAAGAGACAAAGGAAACUCUGACACCCUCGUCACAUGAAGACUUGUGAUCUGCCUCCCUAACUUCCCGAUGCCCGAUGGUUAACUUCAGUUAUUCAGAUGGAAACUGCUCUUAGUGGGAACACCAAGGAAGCCUCAACAACCAACCACAUCUGGGCUGCCGAGACACACCGAGCGCCCGUGACCCCCUGCCCACGUUGGGGGAGAACUGUUCACAGCGGAGGGGCCCUUUCAAAAGCUGCACUUCUCUCUUGUUCAUAAAGAAACCACAUUGUCUUAUAUUUUGAUACUAUCUUUGUAAUAAAACUGACUAUGGAAGCUGGACCAGAAUGGAAGGUCAAGUGUAUUUACUCAUUAGAAAAACCAACAAACUUCAAUGGCUGGAUUCCGGAUUUGGGUCUCUCCAGAAAGGUCUCUGAUGGAAUCCACUUGCUUGGGGCCUGUUGUCCAUGGGGGACGAAGGUGAGCCAAUGAUGCCGAGUGCCCUGUUGGGCAAUUUUACGCCACUCCCCCAACCUUACCCCUCCCCAAUAAAUAAAUGAAUUGGUUCUUGGUGUAAA